UAAGUAUAAAUAAACAGCCCAAUUUCAAAAUAUUCGAGUUCGUUCGGAUCAAAUACUGAACAACUGGUGAUCGGGCAUCGCGUUCUUCUUCAGCUUCUUCCCGUCUCUCUCUCUCUCUCUCUCUGACCUCUCCGACUCGGUAUGCGUCUCUGCUCUUCCAGAUGGAGCCAGCAAGUUCAUCAAACCCAGAUUUUACAAGUGUUGAUGGUGCAGCUGUAGUGGAGGGAUUUAAUAGUUCUGUUGAUGAGAUUUCUGCAAAGAUCGAUACGCUUGAGAAAAGAGUGAAUGAGGUGGAACGGUUUUACUUGACUACGGGAAAUCUGAAUCUACCCACUUCAAAAGGUGUUGCAGUCGUGAAGGAUAGACAGUUAACUGCUUCUAAGAAGCAACAGCAAGAUGCAUCACGUAGGGAAGCCGCUGCUACAAAGAGAAUGCAAGGGCUUAUGCGCCAAUUUUCUGCAAUGUUCCAUCAGAUCACUAAGCUUGAAUGGGCGUGGCCCUUUAAGGAUCCUGUAGAUGUUGAACGUCUUGGAUUGCAUGACUAUUAUCAAGUCAUUGAGAAGCCCAUGGACCUUGGUACCAUAAAAAAUAGAAUGGAAGCCAAGGAUGGUAGUGAGUAUAAGAAUGUCAGGGAGAUAUAUGCUGAUGUGAGGCUGGUUUUCAAGAAUGCAAUGAAAUAUAAUGAUGAAGGUGAGGAUGUCUAUGUGAUGGCCCAAUCGUUGUUGAAAAAAUUUGAAGAAAAAUGGCUAAAGCUUCUGCCUAAAGUUGUUGAAGAGGAAACAAGACGAGCAGACGAGGAAGCAGAGGCACGGCGAAACAUGCAACUAUCUCAGGAUGCUGCAUAUGCCAGCACAGCUAAGCAUCUAAGCAAUGAGCUUUUUGAGAUUGAUGUGUAUUUGAGGAACCUCAGACAAACAGUGGUUCAGAAGUGCAGGAAAAUGUCUUCGGAUGAUAAAAGAAAACUCUCGACAGCUCUCUCGCAGUUAUCUGCCGAAGAUCUGAGCAAGGCUCUAGAAAUUGUUGCACAGAGUAACCCCAACUUCCAAGCAACUGCGCAAGAAGUGGAUCUUGACAUUGAUGCUCAGAAUGAAUGCACAUUAUGGAGGUUAAAAGUUUUUGUAAAGGAGGCACUAAAAGUUCAGGGGAAAAGUCCUGAAGCCAUUGGCGGUAAAGUCCAGGGGAAGAUUUCUGAAGCCAUUGGCGGCAACAAAGUUGCAGGCUCCAAACGGAAUAGAGAGAUUUGUGAUACUCUUGCUAAGACUGCCGUAAGGAGGACCAAAAAGAUCUCUAAUAUGUGAUCUCGCUUGAACGUCAAACGACUGUUCAUUCUGUGCGGUACCAGAGAAACUGAAACGUAGUUUUGUGCAGGUUUUACCAUUGACAGCUCUGUAAAUCUCCUUAAUGGAAGAACUACGGAUCGUUUUUCUGUAUAGGUAUGUUAUAUGGAUCAACUUGUCGGUUUUCUCUAAAAGGAUGCCUCUUCUCAAACGAAUGGAUCAUAUGAAUAUUAUUUCUGUUCUCUAGCAA